AUGGUGGGCAGCUCGGUGCGCAGUGGCAAGGGCGUGCCUCGAUACACUCCGUGGCUGCAGAAAGCUCUGAAGGUGAAGGAGGAGACCGAGCAGUUCUGGCUCAAACAGCAGCGAGAGGGGCCCCAACAGCAGCAGCGACCGAGCAAGAAGCCCGAGCCGUUCGUAAACGUGUGGGUCAGCAUCACAGCAGAUGAUGCCCAAGCAGUCAAGACGUUCUUGGAGGAGGACAGACGUCGGUUCUUCUUGCGCAAGGACUAUCUGGGCAAGGCCAAGCAGAGCGUCGAAGGUGGAGGAGGAGGCGAGUCGCUGCUGCAUGAGGCGAGCUACUUGGGGUCCGUCGCGGUGGCCCGCUUCUUGGUCGAGUUCAUGCAAAGCCACUUCACCCCUGAGGUCUGUCUUGAGGCUGUGAAUGCCGUCGACACGCACUACAGCCUGACAACGCCCAUGAUCGCGACGUGCCGCAACUCGCUCGGUGCUGUCGCUAAUAGGGUGGAGAUAUUGCGGUUGUUAGUGGAAGCUGGCGCGGACACAGCGCGCAGAGACUCGCAUGGAGACAACGCGUUGCACUGGUGCGCUCGCAACUCGCAGGUCCUGCUGCUGCGCUACCUCUUGAAGCACACGGACGCCGUCGUCGUCGCCUUCUCAGCCGAAAACUACAAACGCCACAAGCGUCAGCUCGAGCGCAACAAUUGCCUCUCGACUCUCACCGUGUACGAGCUGCUACAAGGCGUGAAUCCGACGUGCAACCUACGCAUGAAGAUGCAGAGUAUCAAGCGCAACGAAGAUCUCGUUCGAGCUCGAGACUGUGCGGCUGUGCAGGAGCAGCUCGCUGAAGUGAUGGAGAUGUCGGCUGUGUUUGUCCCUACGGCUGAGAAGCUGUGGCGCGAGACGAUCGAGCUGGCAGAGAGGCGACGUAAAGCUGAGGAGCAGCAGCGCUGGCUGGAGACCAAAGAGGGCAAGCAGUUCGUCAAGAAGCAGAUCCCGCUCGCCACCGCCGACAUCAAGCAGGCCGUCUACAGCGGCAAGAUGCCCAAGCCCAAGGACUUCAAGCUCGCGGCCGUACAGCGGGUCCAGGACCUCUUCUGCGUCGAGAAAGAGCAAAGCGCCAGGAAAUCGGCCACCGAGAGCUUCGUGGCCCAGCGCCCGCCGUACCCUCGGGAUCGCGUCACGGAGCUGCGCCGCAUGCUGCACCUGUAG